UACAUAAUGAGCAAUAUAUCAUAAUUGUAUGUUGGUGCUGGUUAGUUCAAUCAGUUUUUUUAUUAAAAAAGACGUCCGUUACCUUAUUACAUUGAUAUCUUGGUAACUGUUAACCGUCUUCUCUGAAUACAGAGAAAGUUGAAUAGAAAACAACAAUAAACAUCACAAUUAUCUUAUUUUAUUCAGUAUUAUAAUGAUUAUGUAGAAUCUCAUACAAACAACAAUGACAUGUACACAUAAGUGCACACAACCAGCUUUCUUUCUUUCUUUUUUUUUCUUUCUUUAUUACAAUAGUUGCCUUAUUACUUAAGUUAGAUAGAAUGUGUAUUACAAACAUUCACAUAGAGAUAUACAUGAGCACAUAUUUAGUAGUAAUGACUAUCUAAUACUUUAGCAAAGUAACUAAAAUAAUAGAAUUUAAUAAUGUUUUAUCAUAAAUAAAUGUGGCAUUCGACAUUUUUGUUAGAACUAGAAUUCGCCUGUAUUUAUUAUUGGUUUACUAAACAUCAUCAAAUCGAUAGCCAUAUAUGGUUGUUGUUAAGUGAGACAAUAAAUAUAAACUACAGUAUGGUGCAAUUAGUAAUUCUAGCACUUAUCAGAACAUCCUUCAGUUUAAUAAAAACAACAAUUAAUCUUUUGACGUUGUUUUACUCAAUUCACUUGAUUUUUACAAAAUGUCAGAAGAUGAAAUAAGUGCACUUGUAAUUGAUAAUGGAUCCGGUAUGUGUAAAGCUGGAUUCGCUGGUGAUGAUGCACCAAGAGCUGUAUUCCCAUCAAUUGUUGGUCGUCCAAGACAUCAAGGUGUUAUGGUUGGUAUGGGACAAAAAGAUAGUUAUGUUGGUGAUGAAGCACAAUCAAAAAGAGGUAUUCUAACUUUGAAAUAUCCUAUUGAACAUGGAAUUGUUUCGAAUUGGGACGAUAUGGAGAAAAUAUGGCAUCAUACAUUUUAUAAUGAAUUACGUGUAGCCCCAGAAGAACAUCCUGUCCUACUUACUGAAGCACCAAUGAAUCCUAAAGCAAAUCGUGAAAAAAUGACACAGAUUAUGUUUGAAACAUUCAACAGUCCAGCCAUGUAUGUUGCUAUCCAGGCAGUUUUAUCUUUGUAUGCAUCUGGUCGUACUACGGGUAUAGUAUUGGAUUCAGGUGAUGGUGUAAGUCAUACUGUUCCUAUUUAUGAAGGUUAUGCUCUACCACAUGCAAUUCUUCGUCUUGAUUUGGCUGGUCGUGAUUUAACUGAUUAUCUUAUGAAAAUAUUAACUGAGCGUGGUCAUUCUUUUACAACUACUGCUGAACGUGAAAUUGUUCGUGACAUCAAAGAAAAACUGUGUUAUGUUGCUUUGGACUUUGAUCAAGAAAUGGGUACUGCUUCACAUAGUUCAUCACUUGAAAAAAGCUAUGAAUUACCUGAUGGUCAAGUGAUUACAAUUGGUAAUGAACGUUUUCGAUGUCCUGAAGCAAUGUUACAACCAAGUUUCUUAGGUAUGGAAUGCUCCGGUAUACAUGAAACAACUUAUAGUUCAAUUAUGAAAUGUGAUGUUGAUAUUCGUAAAGAUCUUUAUUCAAAUAUUGUUCUAUCUGGUGGUUCUACUAUGUUUCCUGGUAUUUCAGAUCGUAUGCAAAAAGAAAUUUGUAAUUUAGCUCCAACAACAAUGAAAAUUAAAAUUGUAGCACCACCUGAACGUAAAUAUUCUGUAUGGAUUGGUGGGUCUAUAUUAGCUUCAUUAUCAACAUUUAAUCAAAUGUGGAUCACAAAACAAGAAUAUGAUGAAUCUGGUCCAGGUAUUGUACAUCGUAAAUGCUUCUAAUUUAAUUUUAUAACUGUAUAUUUUAUUUUAUUUGUUGUGUUUUAUUCUUACUUUUGGUUCUUUCAUAAAGAACAUUAUAAUCAAUCCUGUCUAAAUGAUUAUGAUUUCCUCUUCACAAGUUGUUUAUUAGUUUUAAACCUUUUUUUUCUUGACGAUUAAAAUUCUUUCU